AUGUCAUCUCCACCAACAACAACAACAACAACCACCACUUCAACAGGCGGCAACCAAGAAACACCAAAAGCAAUACCUCCAGCACCAAUUGAAGAUAAAUCAGCUGAAAGAAUAAAGAAAAGAGAUCCAGGUAAUAUUACAAAGGUUAUUAAAUGUGGUGUUGUAGGUGAUGGUACUGUUGGAAAAACAACACUCUUAUUAUCUUAUAUCACUCAAGCAUUCAUUACAGAGUAUACACCAACUGUAUUUGAUAACUUUUCAGCAAUUGAAGAGGUUGAUGAUGGUAAGUUAGUAAAUGUUAUAUUGUGGGAUACUGCUGGUCAAGAUGACUAUGCACAAAUCAGAACAACUUGUUAUACAAAUUGUAGAUAUGAUGUAUUUUUACUUUGUUUCUCUGUUGUAAAUCGUGAUUCAUUUGACAAUGUUAAAUAUAAGUGGUUACCAGAAUUAAAAGCAAAUUCACCAGGAACACCAUUUAUUUUAGUUGGUACAAAAACUGAUAUGAGAGAUCAACAAACAGGAGGUUCACCAACCAAUACUACAUCAUCACCACCAAUUGCAGGUAAUAAUCAAACAUUAAAUAAUAUCAUUACAUUUAAAGAGGGUCAAAAGAGAGCCAAAGAGAUUAAAGCAUUCAACUAUAUGGAAUGUACAUCUCGUGACUCUUCAAGUGUUGCCAAGGUAGUUUUGGAGGCAAUCAAUAUCAUCAUUGAAAAGGAAAAAUUAAAAAGAGUAAACAAUGAAAAACUAUGGAAGAGUCAAGUGAAAAAAGAAGAGAAAGAAUCUAAAAAAGAGGAAAAAGAAAGAGCAAAAUAUAUUGAAAAACAAAAAUUAAAAGAAGAAAAAUCGAAUGGUUCAGUAAAUAAUAGUAAUAAUAAUAGUAAUAGUAACAAUAAUAAUAGUAAUAAUAAUAAUAAUAAUAGUAAUAGUAGUAGUAAUAAUAAUAUAAGUGGAAAUAAAGACAAUAAUAAUUCAACACCAAAUAAAUCAUUAUCUUCCUCCUCAUCUUCUGAUAAAAAACAACAACCUUCAUCACCUUCCUCUGCUGCCUCUCCUUCGACACCUUCUUCACCUUCUCCCUUAGAAGGCACUUCUCCAAAACAAGAUAAAAAAAUUAACGCUGAUAAUUAA